CCCCCCACGUCACCAUCCACACCAGCAGGUCCUCCUACGCACCAGGGGACAGGAUUCCAGGUAGGUGCGGGUGAGGCUUCACGACUCUAAGGAGCUCCAGAGCCCCAGUGGAAUCUUCCAAGUCCUGUUUGUCCCGGGCAGGAGCUUCCUGGACUAAAGUUUGGCUCAAUCUUAAGGAGCCAUUAUUUGGCCAAAAAUAAGAGUGAAAUAUUUGUGUCGUGAAAGCCACAUUGAUAGUGUAUCUGUAUGAGAGAAGAGGGUACAAAUGACAUUAUUAUGGAAAUUAUUGUCCUGGUCAUAACACACAAAUAUAUAUGUCAUGAGACACAAAUACAUCUUAUCACAAAUAUAAAUGUAAUUACCCUGAUCAACCUUCAUGUAUCAUGUUUGUAUGAAAUAUACUUCUUUCUCAUUAUUUAAAACUAAAAUGCACCUGUUAACAGACACUUCAGUGAGAUGAUGGAUAGGUUAAUCGAUUGACUAUAGUAACUGUUUCACUAUACAUAAGUAUAUCAACACAGCAUGUUGUACACCUUAAAUAUACACAAUAAAAAUUUAAAAAUUAAACCAAAAUUAUUUGGGGGGAUAAAAAGGGCAUUUCCUACUGUUUUAGUUGAGGUGCCUAUAAAAGCAGAGAAAGAACUUGAGUGCAGGUAGUUUACAUGAGAGAUGAUCCCAGAAACACAGGUGAGGAAGAGGGGAGACACUGAGAAAGGGAGUGUGACCUCAAAGGUCACUGCUGUGGGCAACUAGGGCUCAACUCCAGAGGGGACCCUCUGAAAAAGCGAGCGACGUGUGCACUUCUGAUUCAUCCCUGGUGGUGGUGGUAGGGGGGUGGUUAUUGGUUGCAGGUUGCCCUCCAGGGAUGUUUCCACCUCGCUUGCCUGCACACACACCUCAGAGUCCGCCAGCUCACCUUUGACCUGGCUCCCAAGGUGGCCUUGAGGGACAGGAGAGGCAGCAGGGAAGGCAGCUACAGGCGCUUUGGAUGAGGGCUUAGUGCAGGCAGAAAACUGCAGGCAGCCACAGGCGAGUGCAAACCCAUCCGCAGCUUUUGCUCUGCCCCCUUUUGAUCUUUGCUGAUUCUAUUAAUGGGAACUGGAGGUGAUAAAUGAAAAUGAAAUUUUCUCCAUAAAUAUUGUUGUAUUCAAUCGUGUUGUUUUAUUGAUAAGUGUGAAAAUAAUGUAUCUGGGUAGUAAAUGGGCCCAACUGCAGCAUCCUCCCCACACUGAAUUAAGUCUAUUCUAACAGAGCUUCCCAAACUUUGCCCCAGCCUGGCACAGAGAAUAAUGCUGUGUGGACAGCACACUAUGAAUUUAUGUGGGUAAAUGCACAAGGCUCCUCAAGGAUGGAAGCUACUUCUCUGGGGACGCCAACCACCCCAGGAUACACGCGAUAUGCGCCCAGCCACCCCCAGCAUGAAGGGGUGAAUGUGUAGGCACCCCUGUGUCCUGUGGCUAGGGGAAUGAAAAUGAUAAAAAUUGAAAUGCUAUGUUAGGAAAAUCUGUACAAAUGACCCAAAAAACUGUGACACCCAAAUUCUGAAGGUAUUUUGAAUGAAACAUAAUUGGAUUGUGACUGGAACUAUGAUAGCAUAUGUAAUAAAUGACAUGACGUAGCACCUCAUGGAUUCAGUGAGAAUCAGUUGUUACUUUAUUACGUUUUGAGUUUUCCUGCUGGGAUCUCUGUCUGAGGUCCUUGAAGUGAUUGUGAGAAGCAGCCGGGACUUCAUGGGAUUUCUGCUGCAGGCCCGGAGAGUGUCUGAUCAUCAAAUAGCUGGCACUUUUGUCUUCAUUCCUCCUCGUUCCAAACUGAUGACUUGUUCUGAAGAGGCUGACUCAGUCACCCACUCUGACAAGUCCCCGAAGAGGAACCUCUCCUUCCUGUGGAAGGCCCCCACCCAGCCCGUGGGGGACGUCAGAUUCCUUUUAUCAGUAGUCCAGUCAUAUUUCGUUUACUGGGCGAGGAUUGAAUCAUCUGUUGUGUCUCAGCAGACACAUAGCAGAGCCCAUUCUGAGGACGGCGUGGAGCCCGGGUCGCUGUUGCCACCCCCUCGGCAGAGGCUGGACAAUAUCGGAGGAACUGCUCCAGCUCCCAGGGUCCCCAUGGCUCUUCUGCAGCAGCGCACAGACGCCUUUGCUGUUGGCCUUCCUGAAGCUGCAAAGGAGGACUACCCAGAUCUUGUUCCUGCCGGUAUUUGGAUGACAAAGUUUCCUGGGGAUGCAGAGACUCUGUUCCAACCAUCUUCACACACAGCUACCGCAGACAGCAAUGGCCAGCAAGCCCGUGGGGGCAGUGACCCAACCCUAGAACCGUCCCUGGAUGUCCGUGGGCUGGAGAGGCUUGUGGCCCUCAGGGGAUUCUCCUCAGAGAGCUUUGUUUCUAGCCCUGGCACCCACCACAGCCCUUCCAUUCUUCCCUUUAGAACUCAUAAUGACCCACGCUCUGACUCACUGGAAACUUGCCUGUCCUCAGAGAGGAAUGAACAGGACAAGGUGGAGGCCUCUAACAGGACUGAGACAAGGCAUCCUUUGUAUACUGUCCAGCUUACCUCUCCCCCACACCUCUGGGCCUCUGAAGCUUUCACAGGGAAUGGGGCAGGGGCAGCCAACCCGACCCCUGUCUCCCAGAUAUCUGGCACUUCCAAGCCACCUGCUGCUGGUGACCAGUCAGAGGCAUGGAGGCCCUCUGCCAGCUUCUUACCUCAAUCAAAGCACUGGGAGCCUAGAGUAGGGGAGGAGAAGGGAGAGGGUGGACUGGGAUUCCCUAGGAAGACCAACUCCAGGCCUGAAGUUGGGCAGGAGGGAAUCAGAGCCCCUUCAGGGAUGCAGCUCAAGACUGCCCAGCUGGGAGUCCUGCUUGGCCUGUCAGCCGUGCUGGGCAUGGCCCUGGCUGCUGGCCUGCGCUACCUGCACUCCCGGUAUUGCCACCUGCGGACUGAAGUGUCCUUCCGGGAGCCUGCUGCAGACGCUGUUGCCAGGAGCGACAGUGGUGAGACUGUGUGUGUCAGGAAGAUUGGGGAGAACAGUUUUGUUUUGGUGCCAGCUGAAUACAACUGGAUCGCUUCUUCUGCGGGUAGCAAGAAAACAGUCCUCUGAGAAGUCGGUCAGACCAGGCCUCUUGGUGGCCCUCCUUGAGCCCUAUAGAGUGUCUCAGUCGGAACAGAGCUAAUGAGAAUACCUGAUGAGGACAGGGAUCCGCUGUGCCUUCUGUCAGCGUGCAGUUAGUGGAGGAAGCUGCGAAAGGAUGGUUUUAUCAACAGAGGGAGUUCUACCCCGGCUUUGUUGUCUUAACAUCUGUAAUUUAGCUUCUUUUUUUUUUCUUUUUGCAAUUAGACGUUCUGUUUGAAGAGUUAAACUCAGCACAAUGAAUAUUGUAUAACCCGCUCAUUAACUAGACUCCUGUGGCCGCCAAGCUUCCUCUGUUGCCUUAAGGAACCUGCAGAAAUAGAAAUUCUGCCCCUC